CGAAAUAUUUAUCGCGUGCCCAAAGAACAAUCACCAGAGAUCCGCAUCAUCACCCAUGCGCUCAAGCAACCCAUCAAUCUACAUGUUCGCCAUAUGACACCAUGCCGGCUCUAUCUCCGCACGCUCGUCCGUGGCAAUCCUGCUGCGCUCCUGGGCUCGAUACGAUGGCCGUCUAUCCAGAUACUCACUCGUCGAGGCUUUACGAAUGCUGCGGAUUCGGAGGAUGAUGCGCCUCUGCGAAGCGUGCACUCUAUGUCGCAGUACAGAAGAGAGGAACUUGAGAAGAUACGAAAACACAUCCUGGGGACCACAGGAUUCAAUCCCGAAGCGCAUACCGAUUGCAAACCCGAAGACGACGCCGGCUCUGAAACACGUGGCUCACAAGCAUUUCGAACGGCAGAAAUUAUUUUAUCUGAAGCUCGAGUCGACGAUCAAGGAGGCAUCCAAGAUCCAUCGCCCACGUGCGAUGACGCCGGCGAUGUUACUCGAACUUUUCGUUCGAACUUUUGGGAAACAAACGUCAUAAAGUUAGAGGAGAGCUUUGAUUUGCGAUGUGGCGACUCCUACAUGAAAGUCUUGGAGCAAUUCGAGUAUGCUGUCGGUACUUCUGUUAGAGUGAGGGCGUUGAUUCAAUUGAUGGACGAUGAAAAGUCAAUAUGGACGAUCUUUAGAAGAAGCGGAGAGAACGUAUCACCUCGGGACUGGGAAGAGAUCGCACUCUACCUGUUGCAAAAUGAGCCAGCUCGCGCGAUCGACUUUUUGGAGCUAUGCCUGCCCAUUUUCAAGACAACCUUGAGGAUUCGUGCCCGGCAGGCAACUCGAUAUCUUGUCGCAUACUGGUAUCAUCAGACCGACCACCCAUCACGGGUGGCCAAGCUGGACAAGUUGGCCGAGCUUGCUCCGCACUCCACUGGCGACGAUGGUCUAGCAGAAUCGCGAUCAAAUGCCAUGGCAUAUCGCCUCAUGCAUGGAUGCUCCCCUGCAGCAGUGAAGCAACUUUUCGCCUGGAUGACACGGAAUUCCGGCAUGCACUGGCAUACGUGGCUUCAGUACUCAACAUAUUGCAUACAAAACGGCGAUUUCGAAUUAGCUCUGGAUGCGAUUCUUCAAGCUCGGGGAUCACGUGCGCGGCUGGAACAACUCUCGUUUACCAUGACGUUCUCCGCUCUCCUCCGCGCAGCAAGUACACAACCAGAUGGGCUUCGCAUUGGUAUGCGGUUCUACGACUACAUUUCGAGGUGUGGCAUGCCCUUGACGACAACCGUGUGCAACGUUCUCAUGAUGAAUGCUGCUGAUGCUGGCGACGUGCAGACUACACUUGCGAUUCACAAAUCAAUGUUGGAGAACGGUCCAAAGCCCGAUGAAUAUUCUUAUGCUGCUUUGCUGAGAGCUUGGAAGCACAACAUCGAUGAUGCAAGUCUCUUGAACGAUGUUAUACGCAUGGCAAUUGAGGCGUCAGUUGUCACCGAGAGGCCAUACAUUUCCACUGAGAUACUGCACUGUCUUGCAACGCACCAUCGAAAGAAAAAUCCUACAGCAGCAUAUAAAAUCGUUGCGGAUGCUUAUUUGGAGCUAUUUGACUUAGCGCCCCUUCAGCAGCUGGGCUUGUUGCGCGAUCGAUCACAGUCAGAGAAUCGACAAGCCCCUAACGGGGCAGCUCUCGGCAUCAUGUUCAAGGCAUUCUUCCAUCAUCUUCUUGCAAAUCGCCUACCAAAAAUCAGAGCUCAGCUGCUGUACGUCCGCUGGCGCGAGCUCAUGUUCAAGGGAGAAAUGCCGUUUGCACUCCUUGCGGAAAACACCUAUAUCUACGGCCAGUUUCUCUAUUUUUUUACCCGCGCCGAGGGAGGCAUAAUGCUUGCUUCUCAGAUCAUCAAGGACAUGCAAGCCGGACCGCCAAAGGGCUUUGCGUACAAACAUGCCAAGCCAUGUGUUUUCUGCUGGUCGAUAUAUCUCUUUGGCUUUGUGCGUGCAGGCAAAAUGAAAUUGGCCGAGCAGAUCCUAGUGUACAUGCGCGAGAAGGGCGUCGAGCCGACUAUCGACGUACAGAAUCACUUGCUAUCAGGCUAUGCUGGACGGCAGAGCAUUUCCUCAACUCUGGAUAAAUUAAAAGAGAUCGAGGACUCUGGUGAAAUGUGGAACGAAUGGACACUCAAAGCUUUGUCAAAACAUCGCGAACAGGAUCGUUUACGAAAUGCAUACGAGAAACUUUCGAUUGGGAAGCGUACACAAGAAUUACCGCGCCCCGAAACAGCAACGAAGGAGGUGGCCGAGUCGCAGACCAGCAAUAACUUGGAUAGCGGAUCCAGUGCCACAUCACUUCCCGCCGGGCAAGGAAGCGACCAGCAACGAGGAUCGAGUGAAAUCCCGGUUCACAGGAGCGAUGACGCCGAUCACGAAACACCAUCGAACUAAUUCAGACCAUUGCCCGCAUGUCCAGGCAGUCAGAGGGUGUGCACAAUUAUGGAUUCGUUCUGGCAAGGCUGCACCUUUCAAUUUUCCAUCCAAUCAUGAGCAACGACAAGCUGGUCUUGUAAUAGAAUACUGUAUCACCACAUGUAUAAUUUUGUUUAAUAUUGGCACGUUCAGCUGCAUUUUUAUGACCGUAUUUCUUACUGACAGCCAUCCUUAUUUUUAAUCGCACUUGUGCCG